AUGUUUGCAAAGUCUGACUUCAAAAUUGAGCAGCUUGACAUACAUAUGAGGUCACAUCAGCUCACUGUAGAUGUUAAAGAAUUAUUGAUUCAUCUCAAUAAUGCGGAAAGUGCUCAAUCGAUCGCAGUCUCGAACAAUAUGUCGCUAAAUAAUACACAUGAAGAAAACAUGAGUACAUUUCCGUUCCGAAUGGUGAAACAGGAUCUUGAUGACGAGGUUCAGUUUUCAAGUUCGUCAUAUGUUGGUACCGAUGAUCAAAGUCUAAAGUCUGGUAGAAUCAGCGAGUUAUCAGUAUCAAAAACUGUUCAAAGCAAUUCAAUGACUAGCAUUAGGUCAAAAAGUGAUACCACUAAAAGAUCGUUAUCAUCAUCAUCUGUGCAUCGCGAAGAAAUCACGCAAACAUGCAUUAUUUCAUCUGAGUCCGAUGAGGUAGCUGUAGCAAAUAUUUUGGAGAAAGUCAUCAAUGCAGUGAUUUUUCCCCCGUCUCAUAACGUUGUGUCUAAUGAUUGCAUUUCGUCUACGAUACAAAAAUCGGGCACAUGUAGCGUAACGAGCAGCGUCAUAAAUGAGCAAACUGAGGAAAGUGUCGGUAACUGCAAAACUAGUGCUUCAAAUGCAAAGUCAAAAGAACGAAUAGAUGGUGAUUUGAAAUUCAUUAGAAGGAACCUUAAACAAAAUGGAUCUCGAAACAUGUCAAGACGAGAAGCUAAGUUUUGUUGUAACCAAUGCACUGAAAAAUUUUUGACGAAGUCUUCUUUGAUGGUUCACAAAAAUAGUCAUAAAUAUGAUGCUGGUCAAACCAUUGAACCGGUAUAUGGUAUUCCAACUGAAGUGACUUUAUAUAUUUGCCGUCUCUGUUGUUUGGCUUAUGAAUCACAGGCAGUUUACCAAUUACAUAUGGGUACUCAUGGUAUUUUGCGAAAUUGUGGACAGUGUUCUUUGAUCACAUUCAGUGACGAACAACUCAAAAGUCAUCAACAGCGGCAUGGAACACGUUUCGACAAGCAACGAAUCGUUUAUAUUUGUUCUCGAUGUGCGAUUACCUACUCAACGGUAAACCGAUUUUUGAAAAAGUUUCGUAAUAUCAAUCAUAAAAUUUGGUUUUUAUCUUUUGAUGCACGUCUCUACCAUCAUAUGUUUACUAUUCAUGGAGUGAUUUUAUUGUAUUUCUGUAAAAAUUGUGGUUUAGCAAAUAGUAAUGGACGAAUAGUGUAUGAACAUAUAGUUACAAAUGCUUGUUCUUACAAGGUUUGUCUGUUUAUAUCAAAAAAAUUAAUGGGUUUCACAGCUGCUUGUAUUUUCCAUUACCAACCGAUCAAUCGAACAGAACACGAAAAGAGGUUAAAGGAAAACACUUUACCCGUCGUAGUUCCAUCACAGUGCAUCCAUCGAUCUUUUUUGUGUCAAACCGGGGAUCUCUUUAGCAUCACUUGUCCAACAUGUCACUCAUUGAUGAUUUUCACUCGACUUGAAGCGGAAAAUCCUGCAUUUAUUAAAACCUUGCCGCGUAUUCUAUAUCAAGGUGAUGAUAAUAAUGAUCUUGUGAUGCUUACAUUGCUGAAUAACUGGAGUAAAUCUCAUCAUGGAAGUACCUCACGUUUCAUAUUACCAGCGUCUUCUUUGCCAAAACAGGAAACAAGGCAACUAUUGAACAAUUGCGCUAUGCGACAGUUGAUUGUUCACUCACCAUGUGUGUCCACGGUGCGACCAUUAUGUUCAACUUCAAACUCGUCUUUGAGUUCACUGCCAUCAUCUUUAUAUGCCGUUAAAAGUGUUACUAAUGCGGUUGCAGUGGGACCUUCUUCACCAACAACUUCGAUGCAGAAUUUAGUGCGGUCAUCAAUAUCAGCAGCAGAGAUUCGAUUUCAGGGAGUUCAUGCCUACCGUGGUGUUCUUGAAGCAGUUGACCUCUCGAUAUUUAAUCCUCGAACGGUUAAUAAUGAUUAUAUUCUGAAAACUGCUGAAGGCAGAUUCUUCUGUACUCGAACAGAAUGUGCAAAUAUACGGAUUGAAAAAAUCACCUCGGGACGUGUUCACAAUUUACGACACAAUCUGCAGAAUAUUUUUUUUUGUUUGGAGUGUGGUGCUGCAUUUCCAUGUGAAGUUUUUAUUGUAAAGCAUAUGAUCAACCUUCAUCAUCAGAAGAGAACACCAGAAUUGAAUUUACAUUGUCCUCUUUGUCCAAGGAUUCCUUUUUUCACUAGUGUUGAUCUUUUCAAGAAGCAUAUGGCAUCAGCAGCACAUACAGCUACCACACAUUUUUUUACUUUUAGACAA